AUGUGCAAGCCAUGGAGCAUCGCCAUCCUAGCGCUCUUCGCCUCCUCUGCGUCCGCGCAAUUCCAGUUCUUUGACAACUUCUUCAAUCAAGGACAGGGCGGCCAGCAGCAGUCACAGCAGGGCGGCAACGUUGCUAGCGAUUCGAGCUGGUACCACUCGACUUGGGAUGGUGCAAAAUGUUCCAAGUACCUCUGCCCCGACACCCUCGCCUGCGUGCACUUCCCCCACCAUUGCCCCUGCCCACACGCCGCCGUCGAAGAGAAAGUCGAACUAGGCGAGGGCAUCAAGGUGUGCGGCAGCAAGGGCGGCUUCAAGCAGGGCGAGACCGCACGGAAGAUUGAGCUCGCAAGAAAAGGACUUCUGUGA